AUGCGUGUGUUCUGCAGAGAGAAGACGCCGUUCCACCACGUCAGGUCUACACUGCUCUACACUGGAAGUCUCCUGAGCCGGACUCUGUCUGAGGGGAGCGAAGCCUUCCAAAUCACCAGUAUAUCCUCUGAGGAGCUAGGAGAGAUCCGGCAGGCGUUCCGGGUGCUGGACCGGGAUGGGAACGGGUUCAUCUCUAAGCAGGAGCUGGGCAUGGCUAUGAGAUCCCUGGGAUACAUGCCCAGCGAGGUGGAGCUGGCCAUCAUCAUGCAGAGACUGGACAUGGACGGUGAUGGCCAGGUGGACUUUGAAGAGUUUGUGACGAUACUGGGACCCAAACUUCUGUCGUCUGAGACCAGAGAAGGUUUCCGAGGAAGCACCAUCGAUAACAUCUUCUGGCAGUUUGACAUGCAGCAGAUGUCUCUUGACGAGCUGAAGCAGGUUCUGUUCCAUGCGUUCCAAGACCACCUGACAAUGAAGGAUAUCGAGAACAUCAUCAUCAACGAAGAGGAGAGCCUCAAUGAGACAGGGAACUGCCCCGAGUACGAGGGAGUCCAUCCUAAGAAGAAGAACAGACAGACGUGCGUGAGGAAGAGUCUGAUCUGUGCCUUCGCCAUGGCCUUCAUUAUCAGCGUCAUGCUCAUCGCGGCCAAUCAGAUGCUUCGGAACGGCAUGGAGUAG